AUGCGCGUGCAAGUCCCCCCGGUCCCGCCCAAGAUUCUGGAGACGCAUCAAGCACGCGAGCGCCGCGAGGUCAAGCCCGAGGACUACACAAAGCCCUUCUGCGACUUCCUGACCGAUAACCCGACGGUUUUCCAUGCCGUCGAGGCUGUGGCUAAGCAGCUCGAGAAGGCGAGCUUCUCGAAGCUGUCGGAGCGCGAUUCGUGGAAGCUGCGCCAGGGCGGCAAAUACUACUUGGAGAGGAAUGGUAGCAGCUUGAUCGCAUUCGUCGUGGGUGAUUCAUACAAGGCUGGCAAUGGAGCCUCUGUUAUAGCUGGCCAUAUUGAUGCGUUGACGGCGAAGCUCAAGCCGAUUCCGAAGCUGAACACCAAGGCUGGUUACGUGCAGCUGGGUGUUGCGCCAUAUGCAGGUGCCCUGAACAGCACGUGGUGGGACAGGGAUCUCGGCGUCGGUGGCCGCGUGCUCGUGAAGGAGUCGUCGGGCAAGAUUGUGACCAAGCUCGUGAAGCUUGGCUGGCCCAUUGCUCGCAUUCCUACCCUUGCUCCCCAUUUCGGCGCCGCCGCCAAUGGCCCCUUCAACCCGGAGACGCAGAUGGUCCCCAUCAUUGGUCUUGACAACAGCGACAUCUCCGGUAGUUCAGAGGAGAACUGGAAGCCUUCUCUGCUUGGUGGCGAGGGUUCCUUCACUUCGACCCAGCCGCAGCGCCUUGUCAGGGCCAUCUCGAAGGAGCUUGACAUCGACCCCAGCACCAUUGUCAAUUGGGAGCUGGAGCUCUUCGACACCCAGCCUGCCACCGUUGGCGGUAUCGACAAGGAGUUCAUCUUCGCUGGCCGUGUCGACGACAAGCUGUGCUCUUGGUCUGCCAUCCAGGCCCUGCUCAACAGCACCGACGCUAGCACCAGCGCCACAGCCGAGUCUUCGACUCUCAAGAUCGUCGGACUCUUCGACAACGAGGAAAUCGGCAGCUUGCUCCGCCAAGGCGCACGCUCGAACUUCCUGCCCACCGUCGUCGAGCGCAUCAUCGACUCCUUCGGCACCUCGACUCCGUCCCUGGUGUCACAGACGUUCGCCAAGUCGUUCCUUGUUUCGGCAGACGUGAUCCACGCCGUGAACCCCAACUUCCUGAACGCGUACCUGGAGAACCACUCGCCGCGGCUGAACGUCGGGCUGGUCGUGUCGGCCGACUCGAACGGGCACAUGACGACCGACGCCGUCAGCACGGCGCUCCUGCAGCGCUGCGCCGACAAGUGCGGCCAGAAGCUCCAGGUUUUCCAGAUCCGCAACGACUCGCGCAGCGGUGGCACCGUGGGCCCGAUGCUGAGCUCGGCUACGGGCAUCAGGGCUAUUGACGCCGGUAUCCCACAGCUUAGCAUGCACUCGAUUAGGGCCACGACGGGCAGCCUCGACCCCGGCCUUGGCGUCUUGAUCUUCCAGGGCUUUUUGGACCACUAUGAGAGCGUUGACCGCGAGUUUGCUGAGUAG